AUCUCUUUUUUCUUGAUCUCUUUUGUGAAAUGUCUGACUUUGGAGACUUUAAUAGUGACCCUACUGCUGAUUUUUUUGCUCGUGAGAGAGCUGUCUUGGGUCAGGACGCUGAUUUCUUUUCAUCCAACUUUGAGACUGUUGCAUCUCCACCACCUUCAUUUGAAUCUAAUUUUCCAAAGGCCGAACAUUUAGAAUCAUCCCAGGCGUUUCAUAAAGCCAUGUUGCCAGAUGCAGAACCUGAUGUUGUGAGACAGUGGCGAGAAAAGCAGGCUGAAGUGAUUGCACAGAGAGAUCGCCAAGAAGCAGAGAGAAAGGCUGAGGUUAUCAACCGAGCGCGAGAGGAUAUUGACAAAUUCUAUGAAGAAUACAAUGAUCGAAAGCAGCGUGCGAUUGAGGAAAACAGGGACAGAGAAGACAAGCAUGUGUUGAAACGACAGGAAACACCGUCUAAUAUUUGGUCAGGCGUAGUCUCCGAGAUCAAUAUAACAAAUUCAAAGGCUGCUUUCCCCACACGUGAUGUCUCUCGUAUGAAAUCUUUAUUGAUUGACUUACGAAAAGAUAGAAAUGCACCUGGAACUAUAAUUAUUUCAGGACAAUAAAUGGACUUUAAAAAUAUAAA